GUUUACCAUUGACGGACUGGGUGGUUUUGACUGAGGCCUUCAUCGCCACCACAGCCUUCAACACGACUGUACGACUGUAGUCCUUCACUUUAAACCUCGCGUGAGAUGGAGGAGGCUUGCUUCGGGCGCCGUAAGGAGCAGCGCCUCCUGGCACGGGACGGCAGCCGCAAGGGCGGCGUGGACGCGGCCAUCGUGGCCCUGCUGCGCAUCCUCAACGCCGCCCCGGGACUCUGCUCCACCAGCUCCUGUGCCGGGAGACUGGUGCUCAGGGACCAGGAGACCGGGGGCCACGUGGUUCAGAAGCAGGGCUGCCGGUGGCUGCUGGUGACGCACGAGGAGCUGCAGCUGGGUGACUUGGUGGAGGGUCUGCGUGGAGCCACCGGAGAUUCCGUCUUCAAGUUCGAGCCUUUUGUGCUGCACGUCCACUGCCUGCGGCUAGAGGAAGCGCAGCUCCUGCACAUGGUGGCCGUGGAAUCUGGGUUCCGAAAUUCCGGAAUCACUGUCGGAAAAAAGGGGAAGAUCAUCGUGGCGGUGCGCAGCACGCACGCGCUGGAGGUGCCGCUGUGCCAGGCGGGGCGGCUGAUGGUGCCGCACGACUACCUCGCCUUCCUCGUCGCCAUCGCCAAUGGGAAGAUGGCCGAGAACCGCGAGCGGGUGGCCAGGUUCCAAGAGAAGCUGCGGCAAGCGCUGGAGAACGCGGCCGGCGCGGCGAUGGCCGACGGUACCGAGCGACCCCGUGACCUCGCGGAGACGGGGGGGAGGAGGAGGAGGAGCAGGAGUCGCCCGCAGCGACCCCGGAGGCCGACGGGCGCCUCGAGGAGCACAGACUCGAGGAGCCGGGUCCACGAGCCAGAUGGCGGGGUGGACGAUGCCAUUGUGCAGGACCUGCGCGUCCUCCUGUAGGGCGCCGACCCGAUAGCCGCUCGUGACACAAAGACAAAGAUCCCCCGUGCUGUCAGUCGGGGCAAGUGCUGCUAGUGAGCCCGCACCUACGAAGGCCGGCCCGGCACGCAAGGGGGGCGGGUGACCAGCA